AUGGUUUUCGAAGGUAUAAUAGCAGAAGUCAUAGAUAGAUUUCUGGGAUCUUUUCUUCAAGAAGUAACUAAAAAACAAUUAAAUAUUGGUUUAUUUAAUGGAAACGUUGUUCUUAAAAAUAUCGAAGUUAAACCCGAGGCGUUUAAAGCCUUUGAUUUGCCCUUAUCGGUAAAUAGAGGUGUGGUUGGUCGAUUAACAGUAAAAGUCCCCUGGACUCAAUUAAAAUCUGAAUCAGUGGUUGUGCAUCUUCAAGAUAUCUAUAUCUUGGCAUCAUCAUCAUCAACAAACUACAGCAGCGAUGACGACUCUUCAUAUCAAUCUGACGACGAAAGUUUAGGAAGUGAAAGUCUAUCUUAUGACACAUCUGGCGAUAAAUUUCUAAAAUUUUUAAAACUUGAUAAAAAGCAAAAAAAUAAAGAAAAAGAAAAAGAAAAAGAAGAGGAUACAGAUCAAUUAGCAGAGCUAGGUGAUAUGGAAAAUCUCAAUAUAAAUGAAGAGGAUUCAUCAUUAUCUACAGAAAAGUCAUCGAAAAAAAAGAAGGGUGAUUCGUUUAAAGAAAAAUUAAUCAGUAAAAUUAUAAAUAAUUUACAAGUAGUUAUAGAAAAAGUACACAUUAGAAUUGAGGAGCGUAGAAACAAUAGAAAUAUAGCAAUUGGUUUGUGUUUAGAUAGACUUUUCGUUCAAAGUACUGACGAUUUUUGGAACCCUACUUGGAUAGAGUCAUCAUCAUCAUCACCUGAUUCAAUAAGUGUCUUAAACAAACUAGCAGAUUUAUCAAAUCUAUCAAUAUAUUGUGACCAUGAUCAAGAACCAAUGGGUAAUUUAUCAACUAAAGAUCUUAUACAAGCUCUAAGGGAUAGUAUUCCGACAAGUAAAGACCCUUUAAAUCAUCACAUGCUUUUACACCCACUUUCCGCAAAUUUACGUUUAAAGAUUCAUCAAGUUGGUUCAAUUUUACAAAAUAUAACUAGAAUUGAUAUUGAAUCAAUAAUUGAAGAAAUUGGUUUAAGUUUAGAGCCUCAACAAUAUAGUUCACUAUUAAGUAUUUUGGAAAAUAUAAGUGAAUUUGUAAAUGAAAUUAAAGAAGACAAACAAAACAAUAAGAGUGCAUUUGAAAGUAUAAUAAAAAAAUCAUUUAUAAAUAAAGAGAAAGAAAAAGAAAAAUCAGAAAAGGAAAAGGAAAAGGAAAAAGAAAAGGAAAAAGAAAAGGAAAAAGAAAAGGAAAAAGAAAGGGAAAAAGAAAAAGAAAAAGAAAAAGAAAAGGAAAAAGAAAAGGAAAAACUAAGAAUUGAAGAUAAAGAAAAGGACAAAGAUAAAAUUUUAAAAAAAGAAAAAGAAAAGGAAAAGGAGAGAUUGAAGGCUGAAGAGAAAAAGAAAAAAGAAAAAGAAAGAGAAGAAAAGAAAAAGAAAAAGAAAAAAGGUGCAAUAGAUUUUGAGGUUGAAAUACCAAGAAACUCAUCAACAGAUUCAUUAUCAUCUUUGAAUAAGCCAACCACCGAAGCAAUACAACAACAAGUAUAUGACACAAUAGGAUACAAGCCAAAUGCCGUUAAAGAUAGUACAAGCUCAUUGGGUCCUCCAUCAACUAACUCUUCAUCAGUUAUUUCGCCAUCAGUUAGAUCAAAGUCUUCAAGACAAUUACAAUCCCAACAAAGAGAAUUGUCAAUGAAUUUUACAAUUAAAACUAUUCAUGUUAGACUAUUAAGUGAUAAACCAGAGGAAGAGCUUGAUAAUGGCCAAACUCCAUUGAUAUAUGGUGAUAUUUCAGGUAUACAAUUAUCACUAUUCAAGAAAGCCAAUGACAUGCAACUAGAUACUCAAAUUAAAUCAAUUAAAUUAUCAGGUAUUUGGGUACAAAAUGAACAAUUUCCAGAUAUGAUUUCCUCCAGUACGCUUAGUGAAAAUUGGCUAAACUUUCAAAUGAGCAUGUCCCCAAUUAUAGAUGCAAAUACUCCAACAUCAAUGUCUCCUCCUCAAGUUGGUAGCAAAAAGAAGAGAUUACCUCCUCCACCAAAAAAUAUAUCAAUUAUGAUCGAUGUUAAACCUUUUUUCUUUGUUUUAAAUAGUGCAGCUCUUUUACGUUAUCUUCAAUUAAUUACACCAGGUCAUACUAUUGAUUUAUCUGGUUUAAUUUCUUCAAAAAAGAAAACAACUGUUUCAAAGAAUAAAGUUAAUAUGUCAAUUAUAUCUCAAUCACCUACUGUAAUAAUACCCAUUUCGUCAAUCGAAGAAAUGAACAAUGAUAAUAAUAAUAAUAAUAAUAAUAAUAAUAAUAAUAAUAAUAAUAAUAAUAAAAAUAGCAAUAAUAAUGUAAAAUCAAAUAAAAAUAACUAUAAUGGUAUUGCUCAAGAAAAUUCAGUAUUAAUUUUAGAUUUUGGUAAAAUUUCAUUAGAAAUGUUACCUCCUUCAGCAGAACCAUCCCAAUCACCAAAUGAGAAUAAAGAAACUGUAGAAUAUCAAAAUUUCCAAAUUUCAACUAUGAAUAUUAAAACAAUUUUAACCAAACCCCCAUCAUUAACUUUAACAGAAGGAUUAAGAUCGAGAAAUCCGUUGACACAUCCAUCGUUCAAAGAAGAUAAUAGAAUUGAAAAUUAUUGCAACCAAAGAACUGAAUUUGAUAAAACUUUCUUUGAAACCUCUUUAAUUGUACAUAUGAAAAAAAGAAAGAAUAAUCAACCAGAUUACGACAAUCCAAAAGUUAUAAUGAAGGUGAAUUUCCCAUUUUUUAGAAUUUACUUUUCACCAUAUUCAUUUUACCAACUUAGACUAUUUAUUUUCCAAUUAAUGGUAGAAAUCCGAAGGGUAGAAGAUGCGUUUAUAUCCUCCUUCCAAUUUAAAUUACAAAAAAAUCAAACUACUAAACAAACUUUAUCACCAAAUAAAUCAAAUAACAACUCAACACCAACAAUAACAUCUGCAUCACCAAGUAUUAUAAAUUCAACAUCAUCACCAAAACCAAAAAGACAAUGGUUAUCAACUUCAACCAAUACAUUACGUACAUCAUUUAAUAAUUUACUAAACCACACAAACAACCACAAUACCACCCCUAUCACAGAAUCAACUACCUCCUCCACCAGCAGUGAUGAUGAAUUAAAAGAAAUUUUAGCUUUAAAAAAACGUGACAUUGUAUUUUCAAGUUACGUUGUUUUUGAUGAUAUCAAUAUUAUCGUUACAAAUUUAUUAAAUCUAUCAUCAACUGAUAACAAACCACUACUACAUAUCAAGUCUAAUCAACUUAUUAGUAAUCUUAAAGUAGAAAAGAGUAAUCAACAAGAUACAACAGUAAUUGGUGAUUACAAAUUUUCAGAUAUGAAUAUUUAUAGAUCUAAAGAGCAAGGGGAUGAAAACUUUACAGACGAAGAUAUUGUUAUUUCCUCAGAUAUUAGUAAAUUUAAAAUCCCAAUUCCAGAUUUCCACCCAAUCUAUCAAUCUAUUCUUCAUGGUACCAUCUACCACAAUAAACAAAUGAUUCCAACAUAUGAAAAACUUUCAAAAGUUGUUAUCAAUUUGGGUUUUACUUACUGUAACUUUACACCACAAAUUUUAGGCAAUAUAAUUGAAGUUGUUCAAAUGAUUGUUCUUGUAAAUAGAAAAGUAACGCAAUCCGUACAAUCAUCAUCACUAGAUUUACUAAAGAAGCGAUCAAUUAGAACUGGGUUAAAUAAAGUAUUAAUUUUAAUUUCGGUACAGGGUAUUAAAUCGGUAUUAAUUUCAGAUAGUGAAUCACCAUCACUUGUUGGCAUUGUAAAUCAGUAUAAUCAACCUAAAGAAAUCAAUAUCGCAAGAUUAGACAUGAAAGAAGUAGAUCUAGAAAUCACCAAGCUUAGCGAUAGAUUAAUUUUAGAUAUUUUUGUAGAAGGGUUUGAAUUGUUUGAUAUCAUCACACAUAUAAAAAACUCUAACCAUCUCUAUAGAAAGGCUUUAUCAAACUAUGACGAUACAAAUCUACUACUAUCAUUUAAAUAUGAACGUAUUAGAAAAUUAGCUAAUGGUCCGUUAACAAUAUUAGAAGCAGAUGUUAAUAGAUUCCAGAUUUAUUUAUUACCAACCUUUUUAAAUAUUCUUAAAGAUUAUAUUUUGGAUUUAUUCCAAUACAUUCCAGGCAUUAUUAAAAGUGGUAACAGUAAUAAUAACAGUAACAGUAACAACUCAAACUCAAACUUAAAUAAGGGUAAUAGUGUCGAAAAAUAUAGAAAGAGAAAGAAAUUAAAGAUUAAUGCAGUUAUGGAGUCUCCAUAUUUGGUUAUACCAGAGAAUGAGUUUUCAAAGAGUCAAUUAAUAUUAGAUUUGGGUAGACUAAGAAUCAACAACGAAUUUAUCAAUAACGAAACACUCGCAUUGUUCCACUUUGAUUUAGAAAGUUUAAACAUCAAGACCAUUCACUACAAUUAUGAAGAUGAGACUAAAGAAAUUUUAAAAGAUGUAGUAGAGAAUUAUAUAUUGACAGAUUUGAAACUAUCAGUCGAAAUGACCAGUGUAUUAGUAUGGAUAGAUGACGAUUUAGCCAAUGCCAAUGUCUUACCACCCCCAAGACUAUCACUUUCAAUUGUUUUAGGCGACUUGUUAUUUAGAAUUAAUCAAAAAGAUGUUUUAUUCUUAAUGAAUAGAAUACUCUCAUUGGUCGGUAUCCUAAAAUCUGUUAAAGUUGAAAUGGCAAAUCUAAAAAAGAAAAAGAACACAACCAUCAAAAUACCAUCACCCAAACUCUCUUUGAUGUCACCAUUAAGAAAAUCCACCACAUCUCCAUUCAAACGAUUUAUACCAACAAAGGUGGAUGAUGGUUUCAAAACUGCAGUACCAAAAAAUCUACUAAAGAAACAGUUAGAAUCCCAUUUCCAACAACAUAUUUUAGAGCAACAACAAAAGCAACAAGAAUUUAUAGAUCAGCAACCACUCCAAACCAAAACACCCAGUUUUAAUUGGUUAAAUAGAAUGAAAUUAAAGUUAAAUUUAAAUAUUGGAGCAAUUCGUUUAUACAUGGAAGAAAUAGGUGCUUUGUUUUAUAUUAAAGAUACCCAUUUCAAAUCAGAUAUAGGUUUUAAUAACUAUAAGCAAACAAUUGUUUCAAUUGGUAAGCUAUAUUUAUUCUUUAACCAAUCCUACCAGCUUUCUCCAAACCUUUCCACCGAUGCAAUUAUCAACGAUCCAAAUGUUUAUGAACAGGUUAUUUCUUUAAAAGACAAUUCAGUUACCAAUACAUUAGAAGUCAACUUUUCGACAAUUUCAACUACCGCAGAACAGGUCUAUAGCCAAUCGCUAUUCAAACAUAAACCUGUAUCAUCUAAAGAUAAAGUUCACCCGUUUGAUUCCGAGUUAAAUUUAACCCUUAGACAAAUCCAAAUUACACUAUCACUAAAAUUCCUAUCUUCAAUUUUAGAAUUUGUUACACCAAUAAUCAACCAUGUAUUUGAACAAAAGAAAAUAAAACAAGAACUCCAAGACAAUCAACUUAAAUUAUCAUCACCACUCGUAAUGACACCAUUAUCAUUAUCAACCUCAACAUUGGAACCAAUGGACUAUAAUCCUAGUAUAAAAUCCAGUGAUGGUGGUAAUGAUUUCAUUAAUAAUCAAGCACCAAUCAUUGGUAGCCGUCAACCACAAAUUAAUAGAAUAUUUAAAAAAGAAAACUCAAUUGUUAUUCCAUUUAUGAAACAUAACAAUAGCUCCGACAAACUAAACGAAGAAGAAGCCACAACAUCAACAACAAUAGAAAAUAAAUCAUUGACAGGUAGUAAUAACCACAAUCAGCAAAAGAAACAAAUUAAAAUCAAAUUAGUGGUUAAUAUUGAAAGUCCUCAAAUUAUUAUUACACUAGGCAAUGAUGCUAUUUUAAUUGAUCUUGGAAAAGUUCAUAUUGAAAAUUUAUUUUAUUUCAAAAACACCAAAGGUAUCGAAUUAAACUAUGAAAGUAUGGAAAUUCAACUAUCAAAUCUAUUUGUAGAUAUAGUUCAAACAUUAGACGACAGUAUGAUAGCAGAACAUCAUGACCUGGUAUUUUCUGAUGCAUACAAUGAUGAGUGCAUCUCCAGAACUCACCUAUUGGAAGAUAUUAAUUUUGUAGUCAAUAUUGAUAUUGUUGAUGAUUUCCAAGAACUUUCAAAUAUUCAAGAUGUUUCUGAUAUUCCAAUUCAAAAAGUUGAUAUACAUUGCAAAUCUGUCAGUUUCCAAAUAAGUUUACACGGUUAUCAAUUGCUAUUAAAUAUCUUAAUCAACUAUAUGUCAACAUAUAAGAAAUAUUUAGAACCUAUUCUCUUAGCAAAGAAAUCAAACUCCAGUGGCACCAGCAACAAAAAGAAAAAGAAAAUUAUAAUCAAUGAUAAAGUUAUUGAAAUUAAAACAGAAAUUUAUAUACAAUUGUCGGAAUUAAGAUUCUCAAUGCUCUUAAACCAUGGUUUAGAAAUGGAGGAUCAAUUGGCAACUUUACAAAUGAACGAUUUAGGAUCAAAUAUUCAUAUUUUAGGCUCAACUAAGACAAAUAUUAAAUGUUUCUUAAAAUCAAUUAGACUAUCAGACACAAGAGUAAAUAGCGAUUCUAAAUUUAUUGAUUUAUUCUGCAGUAAGAAUAUCACCACUUUUGAAGGUCCAUUAAAAGACUCAACUUCAGGUUUUGAGAACAAUGCAUCAAACUCUAAUGAACCUUUGAUUUCUGCAUCUAUUAUUUUAGAUAAAGUUUUAAACCGUUUAGAUAUCGAUGCUAAAAUCGAUAGACCAAGAUUAUAUAUAUCACCAACAAUUGUUUAUAUGAUGGGUAGUUUCUUCCUUGAACCAUACUCAAAAGUAAAAGAAGAAAUUAAAACAAUUUUUAAAAAGAAACCAACUGCAGUACAACCAUCAAACUCUCCAUCUGACACUCUUGCUUUACCAAGCAAAAAGAAGAAUAUUGAUUUGAAAGCAAAUAUUAAUAAAUUAAAAAUUCUUUUGGUCGAAAAUCCAAACUCUGAAGUAUCAAAUCUAGUUAUUGCUAAAUUCUCUGUUGAUGCCACCUUUAAAGAAACCAUGGCUGGUGGCAGUAGAAUUAUUGGUGGUUCCAUUCAAAAUUUCCAAAUGUUUUCAUUUAGACAUUCUAUUGCUAAUGUUUCAAGCUCAAGAGCAGCAUCACUACUUGAUCCAAUAAAUUUGGAUUUCAACUGUAGCUUACUGUUAAUAAAAUCAACCAUUCCAAGCGAAAAGAGUAGCUUAUUAAUUGAUGUAUCCGCAUCGAUUGAUCCAUUUAAUCUUUUCCUAUCAUAUCACGAUACAUUACUAUUGGCAUUAAUAGCAGGUCAAUUAAAAAAAGAGUUCCCAAAACUUUCAAGUAAAAAGAAACAACAGAAAGGCAAAUCUCCAUUGGCUAUUGAAAAAGAGAAAGAGUUAAAGAGAUUAGAAAAGAAGGUUAAUAAUGUAUUAAACGUUAGAUUUAAUGCACCUCAGUUUGGAAUCACUCUGGUCAAUGACUAUAUGGAUCAAAACUUACCAGUCAUUGAUUUAUCAUUUUUCCGUAUCGAUUUCUUGAUGGAAGGUACCAUUGGUGAAAGUUUACAAAUGAAUGUAGACUCCAAAGUAUUGAUCGACUAUUUCAAUAUCAACAAAAUGGCAUUUGAGCCAUUAAUUGAAAAUUGGAAUUUCCAUUUCAAACUUGUUAAGUCAUAUCGUGGUAAAGGACCUUUAACAGCAAUUCAAGUAAACUCUGAUCAGUAUUUAAACAUCAAUGCUACCUACGGUUUUGCUCAUUCACUACUAUCAACCUAUCAUAGCAUUCAAUAUGAUCUAAAGACUACUUUGCCAAUUAUUUCAGGUCUAUUCAAGAGCAAACCCGAACAAUCUACAUUCCAAUUAUCAAACUCAUCCUUCUUAGCGGUUUCAAAUCAAACCACCCCACCUAAUGUUGUAGCUAACAAAAGAAUUUUCUCACCACAUCAAAGAUCUGCUAACAACAGUCCUUUAACCGUUUUAGGUGUUAAUGGUAAUGAUAAUGAUAUCAGUGGCAGAGAUAGUCCAUUUUUCUUCAACAGCCUUAACAAUAAUGGUGGUUUAUCUCCAGAAAUUAUUUUACCCAUUUCAGCAACAUCAUUUAUUCCACAAACCAACACCAACACAUUAAGCUCAACUAGUGCCAGUAUUAACAGAAUUAGAUCAGGUUCAAACUCACCUAAUCCCUUAAACUCUACUUUUGCCUCACCAAACAUGAUCAGUAGCUUUAAUUCUGCUGGUAAUAGACAAAGCCUUAAUGUAUCACCAUUAUUACAACAACAAAUAUUACCACAGCCACAACUAAAUAGUUUACAAACUCCUCAACAAAAAUAUACUUCCAAAACAUCACCAUUAUUACAAACCAUUUCAAUUAGAAAGCUAACAUCAUCAUUCCAUCCAUAUUGGAUCAUUAAUAAGAGCGGUAUCAAUUUAGAAUAUACUAUUAAAGUUCCUGAACAAAAGAAACAAGCAAGCUUCUUUUUAGAAAACGAUCAAAAACAACCCAUUCAAAUCGAAAAUUCAAAAUCAUUAUUAUCUGUAAAAAAGAAUAGAGAUUUCAAAGGUUUUAAAGAUGAAUCAUUAGAUCAAGGUCCUCAUAUUACCAUCAAACUUUCAAAUCACAACAAAAAUGGUAAAACCAAUCAAAUUAAUAAUGCAUCAUCAUCUUCCUCGUCAUCAAAUCCAAUUCCAAUUGGUAGAGUAGGUUAUAGAUUAAUAAAAGUUGGUGGUAAAAAACUUAUAUUUGAAGUAGGUUGGAAUGAAGAUGGUAGCAAAGAAAUAACAAUUAGAUCCAAUGUUCUAAUUAAGAACACUACAAAGAUGAAUAUCGAAGUUAAAUUUAUUAGUAAUAAUAACAACCACCAUAGAGAUACCGUUAAAAUUUUGUUCCCAGACGAAGAGUUACCCGUUCCUUUGCAAUAUAUUAAUUGUAGUAAAUACCUUUCAAUCCUACCAGUUGGGGAUGGUAUAGAAUAUAAACAUCAAAACUCUUUCUCUGACAAUGUACCAUUAGAAGAUAAUGAUAUUCAUUCUCUAUUUAAAAUAUUAACAUGUCCAAAAAUUAUUCCAAAAUCCUCAAACUCCUAUUUUGUUCAGUCCCCCUCCUACCCAAUGACUAGUAAUAACAAUAACAGUAUUAAAUUAGUAUUAUUAAAUAGUAAUAAUGAGUCUUUAAAAACCAUUAACUCAAAUAACAACAAAUCUAAAGAUUUUGAACAAACCUUAUCAAACUUAAUACCACACGAAAUCAAUUUAAGAAAUGAUAAAGAUAAACUAUUGAGAUCAACAGCCUCAUUAAAUACCAAUACAAGUGGUAACAAUUCUCCAAAUAAUCCAUCGUCACCAGCAAUUGCCACUACCAAUAAUAUAACCACUUUAAAUAAUAUUAAUGAUCAAAAUAUUAUUAAAAUUGUUUCGCCAUUAGUCAUCGAAAAUUUACUACCAUGCAAAAUUCAAAUUACCUUAUACGAUGGUGAUAUUCCAUUAGAAACUGCCUCAUUAGAAUCAUGCGAAGAGAUACCAUUUUAUACUCAAGAUCCACGUGUUAGUGUUUAUAUAAAAAUAUCAGGUAUUCCAGGUUUUGUUGGUCAACGUCAUUUAUUAGUAGAUUGCGAUAAAGGUGCCAAACCCAUCAUUAAAUCCAAAAUUAAAUUAGAAGAUCCAAACAAGGUUAUGAAACCAUUAAACAUAAUGAUUGGUAAUCGUGAAGAAAUUGAAGGUAUAAGAAAGCUUAGCCUUUAUUCAGUUUAUUGGAUCAUAAACAAAACUGGUUUACCUAUGGUAUUCGAAAAACCAAAUUUCAUACCAUUACUAAUGUCUAUGGAUAAAGAAUCUAGUAUCCCUCAAAUGAUUGCUCGUUCAAAGAACUCUCAAAAGAUAGAACAACAAAACAGGGACGGUAAAAACCACCAUGCUAAAAAAGACUGUGCUAUUGAUACAAUGAUGAUCCUCUAUAGUAGCGAUCUAUUAUACAUCAAAGUUCCAAAUUCAGAGUGGUCAAAUAUCUUUUCAUUAGAAACCGUCGGUACCAACAACGGUAUUAUAUAUUGUAACGCCUCAGCAAAUGGAAAUAGUGAUGACUACAGAGAGUUUAAUUUCCGUGCCUCCAUUAGCUUGGGUAAGAAUAAAUUACAAAGAACCAAAAUGGUUACAAUAAAUUUUCAAUAUAUUUUGGUAAACUCAAGUGAUAAAACCAUACUAUAUCGUCAAGAAGGCCAGAGCAGAAUCGAAUCCAUUGAAUCUGGCGAGUCAAAACCAUUCCAUUGGCCAAAUAGGUAUGCAGAGAAACUUAUUCAAAUCAAAUUCGAUGAUGACAAUUAUGACUGGAGUGGCUCAUUUGCAAUUGAUGAUUUAGCCGACCUAACCAUUAAAAUGAGGAACUCUUCCUCAAAUCAUAAGCCAUAUUUAGCUCGUGUAGACAUUAGAGAUAAUAACAAUACCCAUACCUCAAUUCAUAUCUAUAAUGAAGAUAAAGAAUUUCCACCAUUUAGAAUUGAAAAUCAAACCCCAAGAGCAAUUAGAUUCUAUCAAUCAGGUUGUAAUAUUAUUGAUACACUUCCAUCAAAUCAAUCUACAAACUAUAUUUGGGAUCAAUUAACUGGAACCAAAAUUUUGAAAGUAGAAAUUUGGGGUUCAAACAGCGAAGCUCCAGCAUCAAUAUUAAAUUGUAAUAUUUUAAAGAUCAAAAACUUUAAACCUGUGAAAAUUGGUGCCAAUACAGUUUAUUCAUAUAUGAAAGUAGAUGGCCCAACUAGAGUAUUGGUUGUCUCAUAUGAAAAACCACCAGACGAUUCAUCAGAAAUUUCUAAUACUAUGGAAAAAUGUAAAUUAGACCUUCAACUAUCACUCCCAAGAAUUGGUGUCUCUUUAAUCGAUCAAAACCCAAAAGAACUAAUUUAUCUUUCACUAAACGAUAUCUCUGUAAAUUUCUCGCUGUCCAAUAUCUUUUCUAGAUUAGAACUUAUCAUUACAAAUAUGCAAAUCGAUAAUCAAUUAAAGAACACUGAUUUCCCAGUAUUAUUUUAUCAUGUCAACAAUUCAAAUAAUUCAUUACAGGAUCCAAAGCCAUUCCUACAUUUCAGCUUUAUCAAAAAUGAAGAAAAAAAGGGUUUGAAAUAUUUUGAAUUAUUAUCCUUAUUAAUUCAAGAGGUAAAUUUAAUGUUGGAUGAUAGUAUUUUAGCUUCAAUCAUAGAAAUGGUUCAAUUGAUUAAGGAAUUAGAUAAAAAUUUUAAGAAACAUAAAGAAAAGAACAAACUAACUUAUCAACAAUCAAAUACUAAUAAUAAUCAGCCACAACAACAACAACAACAACAACACAAUGUUCAAAUUAUUCAAGAUGAUAGUAACUUACCAAUAUUAAACUCACCAAUAUUUAACUAUAAUAAUGACCAACAGUUUAUUGAACCAUUUAAUAUUUCUGAUCAAAAUAAUAUAAACUCAACAACUAACAUUAGCAAUAUGAAUCAACUAUUAGCACCAAAUGCAAACGAAUUAAAAAACUCAUCAAAUAUUCAAAUGAAUGAAUCCUCAUUGAAAAAGAACAAAAAGAAAUCAUCAAUGAUUUAUAUUAAACUUUUACUAUUAAAUCCAAUUAAAGUAAUAUUAUCGUUUUCAUUUGUCAGAGAUGGUUUUGUUGGUCAUUCAAACUCCGAUAUGAUAGGUGUAUUACUAGAAGUAUUGGGUGUUAGUUUUGGUUUAGAUAGAACAACACUUUCUCUAAAUGCUUUAAUCUUAGAGCAUCCUUUCCUUUCAGAGCGUUCUUUUGCCAAUAGAAUCAAGACCCAUUAUACAAUGCAGUCGCUAAAUCAACUCUAUAAAGUUUUGGGAUCUUCUGAUAAUAUAGGUAACCCAGUCGGUUUAUUUAAUCACUUGGCUGCUGGUGUAAAAGACUUUUUCUAUGAACCUGCCCUAGGUUUAAUUACAUCCCCUAAAGAUUUUGGUAAAGGCUUAGCAAAAGGAAGCAUAAGUUUAUUAAAGAAUUCAGUAUAUGGUCUAUUUAAUACUCUUUCAAAACUUUCAAAUACUGUCGGUAAAGGUAUUGCUGUCCUAUCAUUUGAUGAUCAAUAUCUAAGAUAUCGUCAACGUUCACGUCAAAAGAAAGCAAAACAUAUUGGUGAUGGUAUUGCAUAUGGUAUUAGAGGUUUAGGAAGAGGUAUUGUCGAAGGUGUAAGUGGUGUAGUAGUUAAGCCAUAUGAAGGUGCUAUUAACAGUGGCGUUCAAGGUUUUGCUAAAGGUGUAGUUCAAGGUGUAGUUGGUGUUGGUGUUAAACCUGUAGUGGGUGUUUUCGAUUUAGCCACUCUUACCACUGAAGGAAUUAGAAACACAACUGGUCUCUUUAAAGAUACAACCAGAAUUCGUCCACCCAGAUGCUUUGGUACAGAUAAUCUCUUAGUGGAAUUUAAUUACGAACAAAGUGAAGGUCAAUAUAUUUUAGAAACUACUUUCAAAGGCAAAUUUAAAGAUACUGACACCUAUCUCAUCCACUUCCAUCAUGGUAAAAACAUAACAUUAAUAAGCAACCAUAGAAUCAUCCAUGUCAAAAACAACUACUCAUUUAAAUGGGCUGCUACUUUCGAAAAUAUAAAAUCCUGUGAAAUCACCCAUGACGGAAUACUUUUACAUUUUGAACAUUUACAAAGAAUUAUGGUUAUAGAUUACAGAACUCAAUUCACAAUUCCAAUUCCUGAAACACUUAAAGAUCAAAAAUUACAAUUACAUUUAAUUAUAAAAGAAAAAAUUCAAUCAAAAUUAAAUUAA